GUUCUAGGUCAUAAGCGAUUGGCCUGUAAUGAGCAGCCGGAUCAGGAGGUAGGACGGUCCUGUGUCGCAGAGCCCCGUGUUGGCCGGCACUGCUGCCUUCUGCUUUGGGAACCUUUCGUAAAUGGAUUCCAGUGGUGGGCACGUGGCUGCUUUCCUUCAGCGUCUGCAGAGCUCUGCCUCCCAGCUGUGGGCUGUGACUAGUACGGGGUGGGGUUUAGGCUCCCUUGGGGGUAAAUCCCAUCUCACGACCCAGUUCACCCUUGAGGAGACAGGACGGUGUUGCUGUGAACACAGGUGCCCCUUCUUCUGGUACAGUCUGGAGUGGGUGGGCCGCAGUCCCGCAGGAAGGACCCAGAAGCUCGAGUAACCUCAAGGCACUGUCCCCCGGCCUGGGUAAUGUCCCCCUCGUGAGUAGUGGCCUGGUGACCGGAACCCUGAUGAGUCUGGCAGGGGGCACCUGUGCCAGGGGUGUGCCCCUUUACCUCAGGGUGCCUGCUCCGUAUAUGUCUGCGUUCCCUGCAUGCCUUGGAGACAGGCCCCCUGUGGGCAGAGGCGGCUUCUCGGGGCUGUGGCCAUUUUAGUCUCUUCAUGGUGUCUUGAUGGACGCUAGUUCCUGACUCGGGUGCAGCCUGACUCACCGGCCACAUGAACAAGAGUCCGUUUUCUUCUGGAAGCAUUGUUGUCUUACCUUUGUGUUGAUAUCUGCCAUAUGAAUCCACCGAUUUCAGAACAGUCGGUGCUGGUAGCCCACUGUGUGCCAACCGCCCAGAACUGGGUCUGUUGGCACAGGUGGACCCUCUGUGGGCAUUUGCCAGGUCUUGUUCCUUGGGGGUCCGCCAUCCUCUCACCAGGACUGCCCCCCCCACUUCUGCCUGUGAUCACCUGGAGGCAGGGUCUCAUAGCAGCUGGAGGGGCCUCUCCAGAGGUGCCCAGCUUUCCUUCAGGACAGGUGCCACUUUCCAGACUAGUGUCCCCUGCUGCUGGCCGUGGGCCAGGUCCCGGAGCGGCCCCACCCACCAUGGACCCAGACCCCCAGGCGGGCGUGCAGGUGGGCAUGCGUGUGGUGCGCGGCGUGGACUGGAAAUGGGGCCAGCAGGAUGGCGGUGAGGGCGGCGUGGGCACGGUGGUGGAGCUUGGCCGCCAUGGUAGCCCCUCAACCCCUGACCGCACGGUAGUCGUGCAGUGGGACCACGGCACCCGCACCAACUACCGCGCAGGCUACCAGGGCGCGCACGACCUGCUGCUCUACGACAACGCGCAGAUCGGCGUUCGCCACCCCAACAUCAUCUGCGACUGCUGCAAGAAGCACGGGCUGCGGGGCAUGCGCUGGAAGUGCCGCGUCUGCUUCGACUACGACCUGUGCACGCAGUGCUACAUGCACAACAGGCACGACCUGGCCCACGCCUUCGAGCGCUACGAGACGGCCCACUCCCGCCCGGUCACCCUGAGUCCCCGCCAGGGCCUCCCAAGGAUCCCGUUGAGGGGCAUCUUCCAAGGCGCGAAGGUGGUGCGGGGCCCGGACUGGGAGUGGGGCUCACAGGACGGAGGGGAAGGGAAGCCAGGCCGAGUGGUGGACAUCCGUGGCUGGGACGUGGAGACGGGCCGGAGUGUGGCCAGUGUGACGUGGGCCGAUGGCACCACCAAUGUGUACCGUGUGGGCCACAAGGGCAAGGUGGACCUCAAGUGUGUGGGCGAGGCAGCUGGUGGCUUCUACUACAAGGAGCAUCUCCCAAGGCUCGGCAAGCCGGCGGAGCUGCAGCGCAGGGUGAGUGCCGAUGGCCAGCCUUUCCAGCACGGGGACAAGGUUAAGUGUCUGCUGGACACAGACAUCCUGAGGGAGAUGCAGGAAGGCCACGGCGGGUGGAACCCCCGGAUGGCGGAGUUUAUCGGACAGACGGGCACCGUGCACCGCAUCACGGACCGUGGGGAUGUGCGCGUGCAGUUCGGCCGUGAGACGCGCUGGACCUUCCACCCUGGGGCUCUCACCAAGCACAACGCCUUCUGGGUGGGCGAUGUGGUGCGGGUCAUCGAUGACCUUGACACCGUGAAGCGGCUGCAGGCUGGGCAUGGCGAGUGGACAGAUGACAUGGCUCCUGCCCUGGGCCGCGUCGGGAAGGUGGUGAAGGUUUUCAGAGACGGGAACCUGCGCGUGGUGGUCGGCGGUCAGCCGUGGACCUUCAGCCCCUCCUGCCUGGUGGCCUACCGGCCCGAGGAGGACGCCAACCUGGACGUGGCUGAGCGUGCCAGGGAGAACAAAAGCUCCCUGAGUGUUGCCCUGGACAGGCUGCGAGCCCAGAAGAGUGAUCUUGAGCACCCGGGGAGACUGGUGGUGGAGGUGGCCCUGGGCAGUACGGCUGGGGCCCUGGACCUGCUGAGGCGGCACCCCGAGCAGGUGGAUACCAAGAACCAGGGAAGGACAGCCCUGCAGGUGGCCGCCUACCUGGGCCAGGUAGAGCUGGUGCGGCUGCUGCUGCAGGCCCGGGCGGCCGUGGACCUGCCAGAUGACGAGGGCAACACGGCGCUGCACUACGCCGCCCUGGGGAACCAGCCCGAGGCUGCCCGCUUGCUCCUGAGCUCCGGCUGCGGGGCCGAUGCCCUGAACGGCGCCCGGAGCGCAGCCCUCCACGUGGCCGUGCAGAGAGGCUUCCUGGAGGUCGUGAGGGUCCUCUGUGAGCGCGGCUGUGACGUCAACCUGCCCGACGCGCAUGCCAACACGCCUCUGCACUGUGCCAUCUCGGUGGGCGCUGGCGCCAGCGGCAUCGUGGAGGUCCUCACUGAGGUGCCGGGCAUCGACGUCACCGCCACGAACAGCCAGGGCUUCACCCUGCUGCACCACGCGUCCCUCAAGGGCCACACGCUAGCUGUCAGGAGGAUUCUUGCUCGCGCACGCCAGCUGGUGGAUGCCAAGAAGGAGGACGGCUUCACGGCCUUGCAUUUGGCCGCCCUUAACAACCACCGGGAGGUGGCCCAGGUUCUCAUCCGCGAGGGCCGCUGUGACGUGAAUGUCCGCAACCGGAAGCUCCAGUCCCCGCUGCACCUGGCCGUGCAGCAGGCCCACGUGGGGCUGGUGCCGCUGCUGGUGGACGCAGGCUGCAGCGUCAAUGCUGAGGACGAGGAGGGGGACACGGCCCUGCACGUGGCGCUGCAGCGUCAUCAGCUGCUGCCUCUAGUGGCUGAUGGGGCCGGGGGGGACCCAGGGCCCUUACAGCUGCUGUCCAGGCUACAGGCUUCGGGCCUCCCGGGCAGCGGGGAGCUGACGGCGGGCACGGCGAUCGCCUGCUUCCUGGCGCUGGAGGGCGCCGACCUGAGCUACGCCAACCACCGCGGCCGGAGCCCGCUGGACCUGGCCGCCGAGGGCCGCGUGCUCAAGGCCCUGCAGGGCUGCGCGCAGCGCUUUCGGGAGCGGCGUGCGGGCGGCAGCGGGGGCGCGGCCGCGGGCCCGAGGCUGGUGCAGGGGCCCCCCAACACCGUGACGAACCUGCACGUGGCCGCACCGUCGGGGCCCGAGGCCGCGGAGUGCCUGGUGUGCUCGGAGCUGGCGCUGCUGGUGCUGUUCUCGCCGUGCCAGCACCGCACGGUGUGCGAGGAAUGCGCGCGCAGGAUGAAGAAGUGCAUCAGGUGCCAGGUGGCCAUCGGCAAGAAGCUGCGCCCAGACGGCACGGAGGUGGCCAGCGCGACCCCGGCGCCCGGCCCGCCGCGGCAGCUGGUGGAGGAGCUGCAGAGCCGCUACCGGCAGAUGGAGGAGCGCAUCACCUGCCCCAUCUGCAUCGACAGCCACAUCCGCCUCGUGUUCCAGUGCGGCCACGGCGCGUGCGCACCCUGCGGCGCCGCGCUCAGCGCCUGCCCCAUCUGCCGCCAGCCCAUCCGCGACCGCAUCCAGAUCUUCGUGUAGCCCCCCCCGCCCCGCGCCCCGGCCGCGCCCGCCGCCUUCCGGAGCCACGUCCCCCCGUCGCCUUCGCAAGCCCCCGCGCCGUGUUUUAUAAAAAGAUUCUCGGA